AUGGCCGCAGGAAUCUUCAACUCCACGUACUACGGCAAGGACUACCGCGCCGGUGCUGCCCUUCUGCGCGCGCGUCGCCCCUAUCUUGUCAAGAAUGCUCUCACCGGGUUCGGUUUGAUCGCAUUCACCAUUAGUGUCUACGCAUACACCAUCCGUGCCGUUGGCCAGGAUGAGUUCUCCGACGUCAAGGUCCCCGAUGCCCCCGCCAAAGCCGAGCAGCAGAAGCAAUAA